AUGUAGAAACUAAAAUACAAAGUCUCAAAAGUUUCCAAAUAUCUUUAUCAAAUUUGGUAAACACAGAAUAAAAUUUUCUGCAUUUGGAAAUAAUUCACAGGGUAUUUUCAACUUACUUAUCACCUAUAGAUCUGAAAAUUAUAAAUUAUUAGCUAGUGCUAAUUUUAUAACAAUCCCUUCUUUUCUAUUUUAUUUAUUAAUGUCUCCUGUAUAUAAUAUUAAAAUAUUAGGAAUCUGCAAAAACUGGAUAAAAUGGUUCUACAGUUGUAUUUGUGUUGAUAUAAAUAACAAUAUAUUUUUUUCUUUUUGGUCUGCAUUUUGUUUGGAUCCUGGAACUAUACCAAAGAUAGUAAGAGUUUUGGAAAUAAAAGAGACUUGAAUAUGAAAUGAAUGAUGAACUGUUAGAUGUGCCAUAGAAAUAUUCAAAAAUAGAUUACAGAUUUAUAAUGGAUUCAAAAAAUGUUUAUAAUAAAAGCUCAUUAAUUUAAAUUAAAGUAUUUUUCAACUUGUAAGCGAUUAACAUUUAAUUAAGUGCUAUCUAUCGAUCUGUUCGAGUCUCUCAUUGUCCUUCUUGUGAUAAUUGCGUUGUUAGAUUUGAUCAUCAUUGUUCUUGGAUUGGAUAAUGUACAGGAAGAAGGAACUACAUUUAUUUUUAUUUUUUUCUUUUGUCUUUCUCCUUUAAACCAAUUUUUGUGUUUGGAGUUUGCCUCUCUUAUAUUGUUGAUGAAUCUAAAAAAAGAUCAGUAAGUAAGGAAACAUAAGAUGCUAUAUCAGAAACCUUAGCUAACUAUCCUAUUAGUAUAAUACUUGUAAUUUAUUCGUUUGGAGUAAUACUUAAACUUUAUUUUUGUUUUGUUAUAGGUUUAUGGGGAUUUCAUACAUAUUUGGUUCUCACUGAUAUGAGAACAAAUGAAUAUUUGAAGAAAUAUUGGACAGUAAAAAGUAAUAAUCAAUUUAGAAGGUUCCUUAUAAAUUUAUUACGAGAUAAAAUAUUUUUAAUAACUUUUUAAUGUACUUACUUGAAUAACUUAACUGAAAUUUUUAGAAUUAAAGCAAUAUGUCUAUGAACCUAAAGAAUAUAUACAAGUAAAUUAUAAAUCCUUAUUUUUUAAAGAGUCAUAUCCAUACAUAAAAUCACUUAAAUGAAGUAAAUGAUUCUUAAAAAUAUAGAGAAGAAGAUAAAAUUUAAGUUGAAUAUAGAGGAAAUCAAAUGCAAUAAUAAGAUAUAUAAAUUAUUACAGAAAUAAAACCUUGA